CUUCUGUACAGCUGCUUGUCUGUACUAUUAAUUAUCAGUUAUAAAGUUCUAAGAAGAAAACGUUUGAAAUACAAUUCUUGAUCUUGUUUACAUUCAAUCUGAAAAUUAUAAAAAAUGGCAUCUCAAAAAAAGAAAAUUCUAGUUACUGGAGGGAGUGGUCUCGUUGGCAUGGCAAUAAAGAAAAUAGUUGAGAAAGAAGAAAGUGGACCCAAUGAAGAAUGGAUAUUUAUUUCCUCUAAAGAUGGAGACCUAACAGAUUUUGAAUCAACCAAAGCUAUAUUUGACAAGCACCAGCCUACUCAUGUCAUUCAUCUAGCAGCCAUGGUUGGAGGGCUUUUUAAGAAUCUUAAAUAUAACUUAGACUUCUGGAGAUUGAACAUAAAGAUAAAUGACAAUGUUCUGCAUAAUGCCUUUUUGCACAAAGUUCAGAAGUGUGUUUCUUGUUUGUCAACCUGUAUCUUCCCAGACAAGACUACAUAUCCUAUUGAUGARACCAUGGUACAUAAUGGCCCACCCCAUGACUCUAAUUUUGGUUAUGCAUAUGCAAAAAGAAUGAUUGAUGUACAGAACAGGGCCUAUAAUAAGCAACAUGGCUGCCAGUUUACUAGCGUCAUUCCAACUAAUGUUUAUGGUCCUCAUGACAAUUAUAAUCUUGAAGACUCUCACGUGAUACCUGGGUUGAUACACAAGUGUUACAUUGCAAUGAAAAAAGAUGAACCACUCAUUGUUUGGGGAACUGGGAAACCAAGAAGACAGUUCAUCUAUUCUCUGGAUCUUGCACGUUUGAUGAUUUGGGUCCUCAGAGAAUACAAUGAAAUUGAUCCUAUCAUAUUGUCAGUCAGUGAAGAAGAGGAGAUCUCUAUUAAAGAAGUAGCAGGAUUGGUAGCUAAAGGAAUGGGAAUGACCAAAGAUCUUGUUUUUGACACCUCAAAAUCUGAUGGCCAAUUCAAGAAAACAGCAAGUAACGAGAAGUURAAGAAACUACGUCCAGACUUCAAAUUUACUGAUCCAAGUAUCGCCAUCAAAGAAAGCUGCCAGUGGUUCUUGGAUAACUAUGAAACYUGUCGCAAGUGAUUGUGGGAUACCACCAUAUUUAUACACGUAUAACUCUCUAUUGUUCGGAUCACAAUAUAGCCACCAUGAUAGGCUAAACACAUGCCCUUUAGAACUGAUCUCUUGGUUCUCUCUUGGUUUGUGCUGGCUUACAUUCUUUAAAUAAUUACCAAUAAUGUAAUGAAAUUAGUCACGGUAGACAGAUGGAGAUGCUGUAGUUAGGAAAGUAGUAGUCACUCGUUAGUCACUUCGUAAUGAAAGUUAAACAUUAAACAAUGAUGGUGAAAGUUGUACAUUUUGAAAGCGUACUUUCGAGGUGAACUAAAUAUGGACUUAAUUUUAUCCCGCUUAUUUAUCAGCAAGUCAAAAACUAAAUAAAAAUUACCGGGGAAAUGUCA